AUGGUUGAGGUGCCCCAUACAGACGCUGAUUUGAUUAAUGAGCUCAAGACUCGGGUGGAGGGUAUAUCAGAUUCUCUUGAGUCGAGCGACGCGCAAUUGGCCAAAACUCUGGUCUCUCUCCUGUCCCAUCUCAACCGCCUUGGUUCUCUUCAUUUUCCCUCUUCACAGAGCCGCGUUACCCCUUCAAAUUCCUGGCAUUCCCGUGAGCCUAUGGAUAUAUUCGACACCUUGAAGAGACAGCUCAGCGACUUUCAAAUUGAACGGCAGCGGGACAUCCUACCGGCUGGAUCUCCGCCUGUUCUUGCUGUAGAGAGAGCAUCGCUGUGGUCCAGAAUAGACGAAGAGUUGGAAAGUGUAGUGGCUAUGUGCAAGGAGCGGACGACAGGCGACCACCUACCCCCUCAAUAUGAUCCUGCGGAUUAUCAGUACGACCUGCCGCCGGAAUACGAAUACGGUACACGAACAUCUAUUGAUGACGCCAAACAGCGACCGUACUCUUUACAUUCACCCACAACCCCCACGACCCCAAUGAAUGAAAAGAUGAGAUUGGAUUUUGAAGCAGUCACAAUGGCAAUCGACCGGCUUUACCUGGUCGCUCCACAGCUACACAAUCAGCGUGUAGAGCUUAAAUCCAGCAAAGUGGCCCAGAUGGAGAAGGCUAGGAAAGAGGGUUCCUCUAUAUCGCGAGGGAAGCAGAAGCAAGGGGAUAUCCGGGAGCUGGAGAGCAUCUUUGAGAUGCUCGGAAAGGCGUCACAACGAUCAAUGAAGGAUCAGUCUGUCAUCAUAGAGGGUGGAAUGAAGAGCCGUUUUGAGAAGGCUCGGCUGCGCGACCAGGCUAAGCGUGAGGCUUUUGUAGAGCAUCUUGCAGAACAUUCCAACGCUGGUCGUUUACAUUCCCAAGAUGCUGUUCUCCAAUCGAAGACGAAAGAUCCCAAUGCUAUGCUGACACUCCCGGAAUUCAUACGAGAAGCUGUCCCAGAAUCAAUGCGUGUUCAAGAUCCAACAGCACUCCUUACGCUUCCAGAGUUCGUCAAGGAGGCACCACCACCUCACAUUAUCCCUCCACCAUUAACAGCUUCUAUAUCACUACCUCCGCCAACUCUUGGCCGAUUCAAAUCAAAGAAGAACAGAGAUCGAAGCAUGUCUGCGCCUUCGCUGUCGUGGCUGCGAAGCUCAUCAUCGCGUUCUGCAAGCGCCGAAGCUAGAUCAAAGGAAGCCUCAAGGUCAUCAACUCCCCGACUGGGGUUCGAAGUUAACUAUAUCGCAGAGAAUCACGAAACUUUGCAGCAUGUCCUUGUUUUUCUCUCCGUGACAGGUGCUGUUCCUGGUGUAGACAUCGAAGCAGAAGUCCUAUCUUUACCCGACAAACACCUUGGCGGCAGCGACCAUCUUGUGGUGAAAAGUGGACCGCACACUUCUUUGCCACUGAAGCUUCCCGGACUUGUUCUACCUGGAAAGAAAGAGAUCAAAGUACAAAGCGGACACUACGAAAUCAAGCUUGCCACGUUGCCCGCCUUCACCCCCUCCCCACAAUCGACACCUCUUCUCGAUGCAUCCGAACUAUCAACGUCUAGUCCGACCAGUUUUAUAUGCGCGUCUUGUUCACUUCCCUUAAUCCAAUCCUCUCGUAUAAUCCAGUAUCGUGAUUUACCCUCGGAGCAUUGGCAGGAGCUUGUGGAUGCAUGGAUGUGUCAUUCCGACCAGAAACUCCAUGAACAGAUAGCAAAGAAUGGGAGAGGUUUCUGGCCCGAAUCCGGCCAAGCACUGGUCGGAGGCAGCUACAUUCUUUUUGAAGAGUCGGCCAUGUCGAAGACGAACUUAUAUGCCGCUGACACGGCAAAGAUUGCUGAUGUACGUCUGCUUCAGAGACGCGAUGACUGGCAGCCAGUUCGGUGUCUUUGUGGUGCUGUUGUCGGACGGUGUCAAGAGCACCGAACUAACUCUAAGUCUUCUCUGGUUUAUCGCAUGUUAAAGUAUGCUAUACGGCCCGUUAGUCCGACCACUGAGCCCAUCAAACUGCCAUUAUCUGCUUUUAUUGUGGAGGAUAUGAAAGAGUUUGUGCAGGCUCAUGCAUCGUAUCGAUUCCUCGUUUUGGAUGAAGAAGAUGAACGUCCUCGUAUUCUUAUGUGGCUGUUCAAACCUAGUAUACAACUGGCAUAUGCCAUUCGCAGUCAAUAUGCGCUCCCGAAAACUGCUUCGAUACAGGCUGCGAAAGUGCUCUUCAAGCUUUUGGGACCUUCGGAAGAGUCGUCUAAUCUCAAAAGCAUCUUGGAUAAAUACCCAGGUUUUCCACAAGCGGAGUACCUAUUCUAUCCCAUGAAUAUCUGCCGGCGGUUGGCUGGGCUGCUCCGGGAGAGCAAUCUAUCUUAUCCUGAAAGCAUGCGGACAAUGACGGGGUUAGACGUUGGAUGGUUGCACAGGGCAUGA